AUGGUUCCUGCUGCUGCUUACUCUCAGGUCGGCCCCAAGGUCCUCCCUAUCAUCUUGACCGUUGGAGGCGCCACCGUUGCAAGCCGAUCUGUCAUCAAGACAAACCAAUAUCGAGAGCCGGUCCGAGCAAAGACAUUCCAAAACACUUCUCCUCAACCUCGAUCUCAAUACUUUGAAAAAGUCCUAGAAUCGAUCUUUGCAUAA